AUGCGGAAGCGUUUAUUAAGGUCGGUCGACUUUUUAAGCAAUUCCCGGCGCGACCAAAGUCAACACUCACAGCCCAGAACUAAUUUGUCGCCGGGUGAGAGCAACAUUCCCCAUUCAACUUCAACAGUCCUCCAAGACGCAGAGUCCAGUACGCCGGCUGUUACAAGCCAAGUCUUACUACCACAAAACAUUGAAGACAAUGUCUCAAUCACCGAGCUCUGGACACAGGCAUACGAGAAGCUCCGAAUUGAGGAUAAAGGUCUUGUCGAAAAAUAUGAGAAAAACCUGAACGAGAGCUUAAGAUCUGAACAAAAUUCGGCAAUAGAACCCGGUGCAAGUAUCAGAGAGAAGACGGAGAUUGUUCUCAAGGACAGGAUGGACGAGGUCAACCGGAAUCAGUGGAAGAUCAGAUUCGGAACCUCAGAGAUUCCAGUUAAGGAAGUAGUACAGAACGUCGUUUCGGUAAUCAACUGGACGGAUGCCUUUGUCAAAAGCGCUAUAGGUGAAAACCUACCCGCAUCUAUAGCGUGGGCAGGAGUCAGCUUGUUGCUAGUGCCUAUCUCAAAUUCAUCAGAGCAACUGGCCAAGUUGGCAGCAGGACUAGAGGAGAUUUCAUCUCUCAUAACGCAGAGUAAAUUAAGAGAGAAGCUUUACAGGAAGCGAUACGAGCUCACAGUAGACGCCACACGGGACUUGCAAGGUCAUGCUGAAUAUAAGGGUACUUUGGAGGCGCUCUAUGUGCAGAUCCUGAAAUUUCAAGCAACAAGCUACAAUUACUACAUCAAACACUCUAGACCUCGUGUUCUUUCAGACAUGGUUGCCUGGAACGACUGGGAAACAAUGCUACAGGACGUUCAGCAGAAGAAUAAUGAGUUCGAGGAAGUUAAUAAGAUUUGGAAGGAUGAAAACCACUACGAAGAGUGGGUGGAAAUAAGAAGAUAUCAUGAACAAUCACUAACCCAAUGGAGCGGUAUGGCACAUGAGUUAUCUGGCCUGCGCGAGGCAAUCACAUGUAAUGAGAAGGAUAAAGAACGCAAGGACAUCUUGAAGUGGCUAUGCGAUAUCGACCCUUCCUCCAUGUACAAUACCAACUGCAACGCCCAUGUGAAAGGCACAAACAACUGGUUACUCGAGGAUAGUCCAGAGUUCAAGAAGUUGGCUACAACUCCACGCUCUUUCCUGUGGCUUCAUGGCAAAGCUGGCUCGGGGAAAUCUGUAUUGAGUUCAUCCGUCAUCAGUCACCUUAAAGAUAAAGUCAAAAGAAACUCUACAAUGGCACUGGCGUACUUCUACUUUAGCUUCAGCGACCAGAAGAAGCAGACAGUGGCAGGGAUGCUUUCAUCACUUAUUAAGCAGUUUUGCGCAUGUCGACCUAAUAUUCCUCGUGAUCUCGGCGAGUACAAAGUGAAAGACGAGCGCCCGAGCUUGCAACUACUCCAGGAAAUGCUCGCACAGUCGAUGAGUGGCUUUUCGGCAGCUUUUAUCGUUAUUGAUGGCCUCGACGAAUGUCCCGAGCAAAAUGAAAAUCAAGUUGAGGAACGGGAUUUGCUUCUUGUCGCUUUAGGUAACAUGGCUGCCGCCGACAAUGUUCAUAUAUUCUGUACUAGUCGGAAGGAGCAUGAUAUCAGCGUCGCCAUGAAGGAGAUAUUGGCUGAUUCAUCCCAUACUAACGAGAUUGAUCUCGCCGAUCAGCAACAUCAAAAACAUAUUGAUCAAGACAUUGGCUUAUUUAUUGAUACCAAACUUAAGUCGAAGGGUGCGAAUUUCUGGCCGGUGGAAAUAAGAAAAAAAGCGAAGACGAAGCUUCUUCAGAAGGCAGACGGCAUGAUACAGUACGUGUCGUACCAAUUCCAAGCCCUGAGCAAGUGUGCCACCAUUCAGGAAGUAGAUAAUGCUCUCGAGGAUCUCCCAGACGGACUUGACAAGAUAUACGAGAGGAUUCUUGAAAGCAUAGACGAAAAGUCUCAAGAGAAGGUCUUGAGAGUACUCAAAUGGCUGGUAUGUUCAGGACGUAGGCUCACUACUAAUGAAGUCGCCGAGAUUUUUGUUUUUUGUCCCGAAAACACACAUCUCUUGAGUGACACAGAGCGACUUUUCGACGACAACCUGGUCCUGAAGCAGUUGUCUAGUUUAGUUAUCAGCGAAAAACAUAUUUCCUUCUCUGGCACUUACACUUACGUUCGUUUGGCACAUUUUUCCGUUAAGGAGUAUCUGACUUCCGAUCGUAUUUCCAAAGGUCGAUCUGCGCGGUUUGGGUUUAAUGAAAUGGAUGCCAUGGUUGAUGUAAUGCGCGGUUGUCUCGUCUACCUUCUCCAAUGCACCGGAGACGAAAAUGAAGAAAUAUACAGCGGCAACGAUGGCUUCAAUCUACGUCGCAUAUUCAGACUGUACGAGUAUGCCAGUCAGUUCUGGCCUGUUCAUUUCGAAAACACGCCUCGCGAGUGCUGGCAGCCUGAACUCUCAAAAUUCGCACUGCGAGCGUUCACAAUGCGGAGCAGAAGUCUAGCUUCCACACUCAAUUGCUACCACCUUUCCGGCAUUAAAAAGUUAACGGAUCAAGACUUUAUGCUUCGGCCGUAUCUCUACACUGCCGUCCGUGGCUUCAUACGACUCACCGAAAUGCUAUUCUCAGCACACCAAUACUUGACGAAGGAGGAUUUAGACGUUGCCCUCCAGUGUGCUGCAUCUAGUGAAAGCCCAUCCCUAGUAGAGUUAAUACUGGAGAAGGGCGCCGACGUCAACGCAAAAAGCGCAGAGUUGGGAGAUGCGUUACAGCAAGCAGCAACGAGAAGAGGAAUAUAUGUCGUUACUCUUUUACUUGAUCGUGGUGCGGAUGCGAGCGCAAAUGUUUGGACUGAUUUGGAAGCUGUGGGUUACGGUUAUUUCCCUUAUAGGGACGGUGUGUGCGGAUCGGCAUUACAAGCGGCUAUGGCCAAUGGGCAUAUGGCAACUGUGAGGCUCCUUCUUAACAGAGGAGCACGUAUUGACUUGAAUUCCAAAGACACUAGCCUCGUCAUUGCAUCAGCUGUAACCCCAAAUUCAGUUGAGUGUCUGCAAUUUGUUCUGGAAAUGGGUGUGGAAAUGGGCGUGGAAAUAAACAAUAAGGGCGGCAGAGCUCUGCACAGAGCAGCCAGGAUGGGGAAUAUUGCAGCAGUGCGCAUGCUCCUAGAAAAAGGAGUCGAUGUUAAUGCACAAGGAGGCUGGUUUGGGAACGCUCUACAGGCUGCGUGCGUUCAGUACGAUGGCGAGGAGCUGGUAAGAUUUCUCGUCAAGGCUGGUGCCAACGUCAACAGCACCGGGGGUUACUAUGGAACAGCACUGCAAGCCAGUGCGCACCGUAGCCACGGCAAAAUAACCCGGUUUCUGGUCGAAAACGGUGCAGAUGUCACCAUUGUGCGCGGCAAGUAUGGAAAUGCUCUGCAGGCGGCUCUGGGCACCACCAAUAGCUUUUACGAUGACCCCCCUGGAAUUGAACUUUUUUCCGGGCAACGCAUGUGUAGUGUGGUUGCUGAGGGUAGUGUAUAUGGCACUGCACUACAGGCCGCAGGCAUUAGGCUACUUCAACCACAUUUGAUGAAGCAAUUGCUAAGCAACGGAGCCAAUGUGAAUGCUCAAGGUGGAUUUUUUGGAACAGCUCUGCAGGCCGCUUGCAGAGUCGGGUCACUUGAGGCGGCACGUAUGCUGCUUGACCAUGGCGCCCAGGUCAAUCUUGUAGGUGGAGUGUACGGGACAGCGCUCCAGGCGGCUUGCAGUAAGUGGGAGUGGAAGGGGGCCCCGAACCUUCAGAUUGUGAGGCUUCUGCUCAACAACCAUGCGGAUGUUCAGAUACAGGGUGGUUACUAUGGUAGUGCAUGGCACGCAGCAGCGGCAAAUUGCGCGCCUGAUGUGUUGGAGGUAUUCCUCCAAUGCGGAAUCGAUGUCAAUGAUGCACGUGGAGAACGGCACCCAACUGCUCUGCAAGCUGCCCUUCAAGUCGCAACUUGCUACCGCAAUCACACUGCCAAAAUCCAAUUUCUGCUAAACCACGGUGCUGAUCCUACCCUUGCUGCUGGCAAAUACGGCUUGCCACUCCAAUGGGCGUGCACAGCUGAAAGCCAGAAAAAUCCCCUCCCUGACGCUGUUUAUCUCGGGUCCUUGGGCGAAGCUUACAGACCGGACUGGGGAUAUGAAAGAGUGAAGUUCCUCCUUGACACCUGUUCAACUAUUGAUGUCAAUGCCAAAAGCGGGCUGUUCAAUACAGCGUUGCAAGCAGCAGCAUACAUGGGCUCCGCCAAGUUGGUUCAGCUGCUGCUAGAUAGAGGAGCCCAGUGCGAUGUAUAUGGGGCCAAGUAUGGCAAUGCAUUGAAUGCCGCGGUUAUCAAAGGCCACUGGGAUAGUGUGGAUGUGCUGCUUAAAGCUGGCGCCGUGCCUGACUGUCAUCGAGUGGACAGAGUCGAUGAGGAGUGGCUUCUGGAGGUUGAGAAGGAUGAUGGCCAGGGUGCUGUUCAGAGAUAUAGGAAGUUUUGGGAGGUGCAGUCGGACUUUGAUAAAAGUCAUCAACGGUCGGUGACAUGA